GAGCAGUGAACAGGAGAGAUUGUGUUACAGCACAAAGUGGGCUGGUGUCCCAGGGACAGAGAGGUCUGACUGAAAGAGAGAGAGAGAGUGUCACACACACACUCACUGGGUUAGAAUCCACUCUAAUUAAGGGCCAGGUGAAAGGGAAAUUGAUUGACUCUCAAGAGAAGGAGGCUUGAUGUGAAGGAGGUGGACAAGGCAAGGACGCAGUGUGUGUGUCUAUAUAUAUAUAUAUAUAUAUAUAUACUUGCCUUGUGAAUGCCUCUGUGGGGUGGUUGCUUGUUCUGGUGCUGCAGGCAGGGCUUCACUGUGCUGGGGCGAGACUAUGGCGAGGUGGAGAGAGAGGAAGAAGAACUACAGGAGCUACGUGUUGGAAAACUUCAAGCGGCCUCAUCAGAUCUGAGCCUGACUCACUCGGUCACCUCCCAAACCCCAGACAGAUCAGAAAAUCUUCCCGAGGAAAUGAGACAGUUGAUCAUCGAGAGGUCGACACCAAAGCUUUCCCUCGUGGAGGACAAGCCUGUGAUCAUUCAGGGUUGGCUGCACCGUGGGACCACGCCAUGGCUCAGGCUCCGCAGGCACUGGUUUGUCCUGACACAGGACUCUCUAGAUUAUUAUACAAACGGUGAGCUGAACGCACAGAGGCUGGGGAUGCUGGUGUUGACCAGUCUGUGCUCUGUCAUAUGGCCGGAUAAGAACAGCUACAAGGAGACAGGCUAUUGGCGAGUGACUGUGCACGGCCGACGGCUCCAAUACCGACUGUACAGCAAACACCUGAAUGAGGCCAUGCAAUGGGCCAGUGCCAUCCAAAGCGUCAUUGACAGCAAAGCCCCAGUGGACACCCCCACACAGCUGCUGUUACAUGACAUCCAGGAGUGCCGCUGCAAUCCAGAACUACUUGAACAUAUCUACAAUUCCAACCCCAUCCUCCAGUACACGCAGAAACCACUCUAUGCGCCUCUGCUACCGUUCCCUUACGGACCUGUGACACACAACUUUCAAAACACGAGUGGUUCAACGACUCUGCAGGAUGAAGCUGUCAAGAUCUUCAAUUCGUUGCAACAGUUGGAGGUGCAACGAGAGCCUGUGCCCCUGAUCCAGGGAGUCCUGCAAACCGGGCUGGAGCUGCGGCAACUCCGAGACGAGAUGUACUGUCAGCUGGUCAAACAGACCACCAGCCCCCUGGAACCCGGGGGUACCAGGGACCUGCGGUACUGGCAGCUUCUCACCUGUAUGGCCGUUACAUUCCAUCCAAGCUCCGCUAUCCUCAGACACCUCCACUUCCAUCUCGCACGACAACGGGCUCUGUUUCCGGGAAGCGAAAUGGACAAGUAUGCGGAAUUCAUCACCGACUUGCUGAGGAGGAGCAGGGCGCGGGAAUGUGUGCCGUCCUGGGCCGAGAUCCGGGCUCUGACGCGGAGGCAGCAAGUGAGCUGCACCGUUCACUGCGCGGGUGCUGGCACCUGCAGCAUCGCUAUCGGCUCACAUACAACAGCGGGGGAGGUGGUGAAGCAGUUGAUUGGGAGAUUCGGGCUUGGGGAUAGCCGCAACAUCUUUGCUCUAUUUCAGCAGUGUGGUGGUGAGGAGCAUCUCAUAGCGAGCAGCGCUGUUGUGGCCGAUAUCCUCAGCAGGUUUGAAAAUCUUAAUUCCAAUGAAGAGGAGCCGGAAAAGCAAGGGAAGCUUCACUUCAAACUCUACUGUGUGCUGGAUCAGGAUAUCGUUCCAAAGGAGAGCGUGGAGUUCAGCUUCCUGUUGGAGCAGGCCCACGAGAUGGUGACAAAAGGCUACUACGCUGCAUCACAGGACACCUUGCAGUCCCUUGCUGCCUUGAGGUUGCAAUUUACAAUUCAGGAUUUCAGCACCCACGUGCCAUUGCCCAGACUGCAGGAUCUCUUCCCUGUCCACAUCCUCCAGUCCCAGGUCCUGCAGUCGGUAAAAACCAUGCUCUCCACAAAUGGCACAAACACUAAAAGAGGGAGCGGCUUCCUGGCGGGAGGUUUCCCGAGCAGCCUGUGGGGGAGCUCGGCUGGUAAGCACAAGCUGGAGGAGGAGCAGCUUUUAAAGGUUCGACUCAAUGAGGAAAUGGCAUCAACGAUGGCAGCCAUAGUGGAACACUGGAAACUGCUGCAGGGGAUGAACCGAGAAGAGAGCAUGACUACUUACCUUGCCAUCGUGCGAGAGUGCUCCGCAUAUGGAGCCACUGUGUAUCCAGUAGGUCUACGUGUGAGCUCUGCGGAGCAGUCUGUCCAGAGACUGUGGCUGGCACUGGAUACAAAGGCUGUGUCACUUUACAAGGAAGGAGAUGCUGACCCGCUUGAGAGCUUUGGCUACCAUCAGAUCUCGUCAUUUCAUCCAAUGGACAAGAACAUCUUUAAAAUUGCUCUGGACAAAAAAGACUUUUUGUUCGAGUCAAACCAGGUGGAACAGAUUUCUCAGCUCAUGAAGAUCUACAAGGCCAAUAACGUCCGAAAACGACCACAUCCUCGGUUUGAAGGCUGUAGAAUUAGACCAAACCCAGAAGACAGUCUAUCUACCAGCCAUCAUCAUAUCCUGUACAGAGGUUCCAUCACUGAAGAAACACUGCGUCGGUGAGGACUGACAUAGACAGCUUUCUUUACCGGGAUCUUACCUGUCCUAUUACUACUGCAUCAGUAGGUCUCUGGGUCUCUGCACAGCUUUUGUAUGCAGCUCAGCAAUGCCUGUUGCCGUAUUUAUUCUAUCCGAUGUGCUCUGAUCGAAUGGGGCUGCAGGCCGAUAGUCCUGUUGGACAUAAUAUAGUGCCUUAUCACAUCUUUGAGACGUCUCAAAGCGCUUGUGAACCACACUCUGAUGGAAGAAAGUUUCUUUUUCCUGAGACAGAAGGGACGCUCUAAUGUAAUUCUAAAGGUAACGUUUUUGUAUAACGUAAGAUUCUCUAAACAAUAAUGACAGCUGAGAUCCCAAGAGCAUUGAAGAAGAAGAAAAUUUCCCAUGUUCAUAAACGGAGUACAGAGCUUCCAAAAUAUCAUAUUCCAGUGACCUUUGCUGGUAAUUGUGGACAGGAUCCAGCUUGGCUAUGAUCCCCUUGCACACUUUCUGUUCGUACGUGAAACUUUGUGCUGGAGUUUAUCUGGUAUCUACGGAAACAUCACAUCUGGCAUAUGUGCAGGAAGCAUUACUGACUUCACUUCACAGAGGAAAUACGAUCAGCAGAUGACACAGAAGUUGGCCUUUUGACUCCUGAGGUAUUGGACCCAACUGACUAAUGCGGUUUCCCUGUACUUCCUCGGACAAUAAUAAUAUUGCAUACCUUGUCAGUGACAAUUAGUUUUAUUGAUAAUUACUGUUGGGUAUUAAUUAACAAUUUGCCAGAAGACCGUCACUUUGAAGGAACAGAAACCAUGUCACAUGCAGCAGCCUCAUGAAACACUGAGCCGAAGAGCAGACUGAAGCUGCCGGCAGCUUUGCUUUCACAUAGGGCCUACACUUGCGUACUGUCUUAAACUGUUUGUAAUGGAAAAGCUCUUUAUUUAACUGAAUACACAGUUUCCUUUUGCUUUUAAUGUACAUACAUUGCACUAUUUUGUACAGGUCAACUCGUGCAAUAUGUAAAAAGUCAGAAUUAAAGGUAUUUUGUACCAGAA